AUGAGAGUUACUCUUUUCCUCGUUAUUUCUCACCUCUCCGUAGCCUUGGCCGGAGGGUACCAAGGAUGUCUUGAGCGCGUGCUACUGUUCAAUGCCUACGAGAUCGAUGGGCUCAACGAUGAGAAGGACCAGACGAUCGGCUUCAAGUGCGCCAAAGCGGACACGAACGCCAAAACAUGCACCCAAUGGAAUGCUUGCAAGCCAAAGAAGAACUCGGGUCGCACCCGGUGCAACUUUGACGACCUCAUGGUGUUCCUGGGAAAGACGCCGACUCCAAACGGUUGGUCAGUCAACGACUCUGAUGGGAAGUUGGACCCCGAGGGGACGGCCAAGCAAUGCUACAAGCUCUUCACCAACGCCCCGGGAAAGAACCCCAAGGUGCCCAACUUCCCGCCUUACGUAGCCGUGAAGGAUACGUGGGAAUUCAACGACUACAUCAAGCGUGUCGGCGACACGGUUAACAAUACUUACAAGAACAAAGGGAACACUGGAAACCGGGGCUUCUGGGAUAGCUUCGACACGACUCUAAACAAAGUCAGCGAGGCGCGGGCUGGAGACCACGGUCCUCAUCUCGUUGAUGAAGCCAAGGCCCAGCUGGGUGGCAAAAUGGACAUACAAAUACAGAAACUAGGAACUGGGAGCAAUCCUGCUACUGGCGAAGUGUGGGAAACCGUGGAUUGGAAAGAGACAGCUAAACAAGCUAAGGACAAGGGCGUGCCUGAUGUCGACAAAGAGAUUCAGGGAUUUCUCAAGAGCUUCUACGGCGGGACUAACAAGCAGGCAAAGGACCACCGCGUAGUGAUACAGUCAUACAAGCGGGUGACGGACAGAAGCCAGAGUUGUCGUUAA